AUGGACUCUAUCACAGCUUCUAGGGAGAGAUUGGAGUUUGCUAGGGUUUGUAUAGAAAUUACUGUAAAUUCUAAGAUUCCAGAUUACAUAGAUGUAUUGUUUUACGAUGAUUCUAUUGCCCGAAUCAAGGUUAUUGUGCCUUGGAGACCUUCAUCUUGUGUGGAGUGUAAGAGGUUUGGGCACUCUGUUAAAUUCUAUCCUCUGGGGAAGAAGCAAGAAUGGAGGGUUAAACAAACUGUACAUGAGACUAAACUGGAAGAUGCUGUAAAUAAUAGUGUAGUUAAGAUUGAGGGGCAAAAUUCUAUAGUAGUUCCUGAAGGAAGCAUUCAGGCUGGACAGAUUGCUCUGUGUAAUACUGAAGGUGUUGUUGAUACUUGUUUAGAAAAAGCUCGAGCUGCUAUAGGGGAAGGAACUAAAUGUGACACUAAGUUGACCACUAAAGAGGGUCCUUCUGGAAGUAAUUCCCCUAUGAAGCGUGGAAGUGGUAGGCCAGGUAAGAAGCAACGAGCAACAUCGUUUUGUGUGGCUAAACUGGUCCAGGAUUUGAAGUCAAAGAAGAAGAAGCUGGUUGACAAAGUUAUGAAGCUAGAGGAUAGAGGUGGUGCCUCUUCUUCCCUAAAUCCCUCAUGUUAA